AUGGAGAUGCACCCAUCUCGCACGGGGGUAGAUGCCCAGACACCCUCAAAAGAAGAUGUCGACUUUGUAGAGAGCACGGAAACAGGCAUUCCAUCGACGUAUGCCGAUAUAGUGGCCUCUCGCCUUUCAAAGGCACACCGUGAUUAUCUGAUGGAACGUCAUGGCACGCUGGAGCUUGAUCCCAUUCCUAGUAUGGAUCCUGCGGAUCCUUACAAUUGGCCAUCCUGGAAGAAAGUUGCGAAUCUUCUUUUAGUAGCAUUCCAUGCCUGCAUGGGCACUUUCGCGGCUGCAGGCAUCAUUCCCGCGUACGAAACAAUAGCGACCGAUUUUGGCGUUACGGUUAACGAUGCGAGUUAUUUGACCUCCAUUCAGAUUGCAAUCCUGGGAAUAGCACCGGUGUUUUGGAAGCCGUUAUCGAACCGCUGGGGACGCCGCCCUGUAUUCCUCCUUUCCCUUAUCUGCAGCCUCAUUUGUAACGUAGGAUGUGCGGAAAGCACUAGCUAUGCGUCCACUGCCGUUUGUCGGGCUUUGCAGGCCUUCUUCAUAUCACCCGCCUCGGCCAUCGGAAGUGCAGUGGUAAUGGAGACGACGUUCAAAAAAGACCGAGCGCGAUACAUGGGGGUUUGGACACUGCUGAUUUCGCUGGGAAUUCCCAGCGGGCCCUUUAUUUUUGGCUUCGUUACGUAUCGGUUGGGCUACCAAUGGAUCUACUGGAUUUUGGCGAUAAUCAACGGUGUUCAGUUUGUCUUGUAUCUCUUUCUGGGACCAGAGACCCGGUAUAUCGGGGGCGAUCAGGACCCUGAUCAACCCGCUUGGGUGCGAGAGUAUGCUCAGCUUCGACGUAUUGACCCCACUCCUUUAUCAUUCAAGGAAUUCUUCAGACCUCUAGGCAUGGUCACGCAUCCUUGCGUUGCUAUUCCCACCGCCGCUUACGCCAUGGUGUUCUGCUUGGGCAACGUAAUGACCACUGUUGAGGUACCGAAUUUGCUGCAAUCCAAAUUCGACCUGAAUGCCGAACAGUUGGGGCUCCAGUUCAUCGGUCCUAUCAUCGGAUCUGUUAUGGGUGAACAGCUCGGAGGCGUGUUGUCGGAUCGCUGGAUGAAUAUGCGUGCAAAGAGGAUUCAGCGGAAGCCCGAGCCCGAAUUCCGACUCUGGCUCAGCUACAUCGGCUUUACCCUCUGCAUUGUGGGAUUGAUAGUAUUCCUGGUCUGCACCCAGAACUCAAAGGAAGGUCACUGGAACGUAACCCCUAUCGUGGGAAUCGCCAUCUGCGCUGGAGGCAACCAGAUUGUAACCACCGUCCUCAUCACGUAUGCCGUGGACUGUUACCAUAAGGAAGCGGGCAGCGUUGGUGUGUACAUCACAUUGGUGCGGCAAUUAUGGGGGUUUCUGGGUCCAUUCUGGUUUCCAUCCAUGUUUGAAAGCGUUGGUGUAGCGGCCAGUGCUGGAGUCUGCGCCGGGCUCAUUGCAGGUGCCAGUAUUAUCCCGAUCCUCAUCCUGCACUGGCAGGGACGGACCUGGCGUCCACCGAUUGAGGAAUAA